UGGUAGUUUCCCGUCAACGGCCAUGGACGACUCUAUAUAUAAGCUGGCAGUAGCCGCUGCAAUACACACAAGCGAGCAAACAUGUUUGGCGCCAAAAUCAUUUUCGUUUCGCUCGCGGUCUUUCAGGCUGUGUACUCUGCGGACGUACCACCACAAUGCAGAGGUCCACCACCCGGCGUAGUGAAUGCUCACGAAUGCUGCGAAAUUCCCAAAAUCUUCUCUGAAGAGGAGCUGUCAUCGUGCGGGAUCGAGAAGCCUGAUGGGAGCAAGCCCGGCCCACCACCGCAUGCGCAUGAUUGCAAAAAAUCUAUCUGCGUGCUGAGCAAGAAGAAUCUCAUCACGGACGGCGAUAAGGUCGACAAGGAUGCCAGCAAAGCCUUCCUCGACAAGUACGCUGAAGCCAACCCCGAGUUCGCUGCUGCCGUCGCCAUCGCCAAGGACAAGUGUCUGACUGCCGAAGGCCCCGGGGGACCGAAGGAGAUCUGUGAACCCAACAGAGCCAUCUUCUGCAUCUCUCACGUGCUGUUCGAGAACUGUCCAGCUUGGGUAGAUAGUGACAACUGCAAGAAGCUCAAGGACCACAUCGAGGAGUGCAAAGCUUACAAACCCCAAAAGUGAAAUAAAAAAUCAUUCAGACCAUAAAAAUUCGGACUUCAAAAUUUUAUGUAAUGCGAAUUAAAUAAAGCAUUUUUUGUAAUUUGCAAA